CAAACAUGAUUUCUUUCUCUUUUGCAAUAGAAAGUCAGCAGUGGAAUCUUAAAUGCAAAAAGGUGGCGUUUGGGCUGAGCUUAGCAAAUCAGUAUGUCUUUUCCGUGUCCAUGUAUUUGCUUUUUCAGUAUGGAUUUAUAAAUACAUGCCUGAAGUCUUUGGUGGUUGAAAAGUAUGGUGAAGAAACAUGGGAAAAAUUAAGACUGCAGGCUGGAGUCCAGGAUUCUUUCUUGACUUUUGAGGUUUACAAAGAUGAGAUCACAAUGCAGCUCAUCGACAAAGCCUGCAAAAUAUUAGGCGUUCCUGCUGACAUGGUUCUGAGAGAGUUUGGAGAGUAUUUCUUUACAUUCUGUAAACGCUCAGGCUAUGACCACAUGCUGAGGACACUGGGUGGAAAUCUCUAUGAGUUCAUAGAGAACCUGGAUGCAUUGCACAGCUACCUGUCCCUUUCUUACCAGGAGAUGAAUGCCCCAUCUUUUAGAGUGGAAAAGAACGAAGAUGGUUCAAUGCAUUUACAUUACUAUUCUGACAGGAGAGGUCUGUGCCAUAUUGUGCCAGGAAUCAUUGGUGCAGCUGCCCUGGAUUUUUUUAACAUUGAGAUUUCAAUGGAAAUAGUCAAUCAAACAGAAGAAGAAGAAAGAACUGGUAAAAAAGAACAUACUGUUUUUCUUGUCACUCAAAAUCCUGUAUUUUCAUACAAAGAAAGAAAUAAAUUUUCUUCCUCACCUCAAUAUCUUGCUGACUCUGAAAAACAAAUUGAGAACCAACUGAAUAAAGAGGCCCUUGAAAAAGCCAAGAAUGCAAUUAGAGACAGAGGAAGCUCUGUUUGUCCUGUCAAGAAAAGUCACUGGAAAACAAUAAGAGGAAUAAUCACAUUAGGAAAAGGUAAGCUCCUGAGGGGAUUUGAUCCUGUUUAUCCCAAGACCCUCUGGAUUGACGCAAAAACAUUUUGCAAUGGACUUCCUUUUCACAUGGUUUUUGACAAAGAGCUCAGAGUGAAGCAAGCUGGGGUGAGCAUUCAAAAGAUUGUACCUGGCCUUCAGACCAUGGGCAUCUGCUUGGAUCACUACUUUAGUAUCGUUCACCCAGAAGUGCCCUUCACCAUCUCGAGCAUUCAGAAAUUCAUCAACAGCCAGUUUGUUUUCCAGACUAGAAGAGAGAUGAUGCCAGAGACAUGGAAACAACGGCCAAUGCUAGAGCUGAGAGGCCAGAUGAUCUGGAUGGAGUCCCUGCAGUGCAUGCUCUAUCUCUGCUCACCUUUGCUUCGCACUUUGCAUGAACUGGAGGAGCGCCAGAUGCAUAUUGCAGACAUUGCACCUCAUGAUGUGACCAGGGAUUUGAUUCUUCUCAAUCAGCAGCGCCUGGCAGAGAUGGAGCUCUCUAACCAGCUGGAGAGGAAGAAGGAAGAACUGAGGAUACUGUCGAAGCACCUGGAGGAAGAGAAGAAAAAGACUGAAGCUUUGCUCUACGCCAUGCUUCCUCAGCACGUGGCCAACCAGCUGAAGGAAGGGAAGCGAGUUGAGGCAGGAGAGUUCAAGGAGUGCACAAUAUUGUUCAGUGAUGUUGUGACCUUCACCAACAUUUGUGCCCAAUGUGAGCCCAUUCAGAUAGUUCUCAUGUUAAAUUCCAUGUACCUGCGAUUUGACAGACUGACCACAGUGCAUGAUGUGUACAAGGUGGAGACGAUUGGAGAUGCCUAUAUGGUAGUAGGUGGGGUCCCUGUGCCUGUACCCACUCAUGCUGAGAGAGUUGCUAACUUUGCCUUGGGGAUGAUAAUAGCAGCGAAAGGAGUAGAGAACCCAGUUUCUGGAAACCCUAUCCAAAUUAGAGUUGGGAUACAUACAGGUCCUGUGUUGGCUGGAGUUGUUGGAGAAAAGAUGCCUCGUUAUUGCUUAUUUGGAGACACGGUGAAUAUAGCUUCCCGGAUGGAGAGUCAUGGUGUCCCAAGUAAAAUUCAUCUAAGCUCCAGUGCCUAUCAAUGCCUAAAAUACAAGAAUUUUGAGAUGACUGAGAGAGGAGAAAUAGAAGUAAAAGGCAAAGGGAAAAUGCACACCUACUUCCUCGUUAGAAAUAAAACUGCAACUGAGAAUGAGAUUAUGGGAAGGCCAAUGAAAGACUUGGAUUCUGGCCAUGAAUCUGUUCAGUCCUUUCAAGAAGGCAGGACUGAAACAAUACCAAGUUGUCAUCAGCCAGUUACUCAGACUCAGCCAGAGAAGGACCAGACCCCAGCCAUUGCAAUGAAGUAUAUUGAUGGCCCCACAGAUUCACAAAACAGCCUCAAAAGAAGAAAUCAAGCUAAAAUUGCGGACUUAACAGGCAAAACUUACGAUUCCAAAAGUGAUGGGAGUCUCCAUGGCAACCAGCAUGCAGAUGAUGGUCCUGGUCCUCUAAACCGGGGAAGAGUCAAACCUGCUACUGAAGAGCCACAGAUGAGAAAUGUUCGCUCUAAUUUUUGCACUUUACUCUAAGUUCCUUUGUUUUUACAUCAAACAGAGCAAUUUUAUUAUGAUUUAGUGCAUUUUGCUGUUGUGGGACUGAUUUUGUAUAUCAAGUACCACAUGAUUUUGUUUAAAACAAAGGAAAAAAAAAAAAGGGGGGGACAUUUCAUCAUGAUCUUCUGCAAAAAGAAAACAACUGAGGAUUGUUUGUUUUUAAAAAUCAAUCUACACAUGGCGUAUAAUACUCUCACUGGAGAAAGAAACCCUUGCAAGAUGCUUUGAAGAUGUAUUUUUCAGCCUUUGGUGUCUUGAAUAUCCCUAUGUAAAAAUCACUUUUUGGUAUCUCAUGCAGCAAUCGGGAAAGGGUGACUCAUCCAGCUAGAAAUAUUCCUAGUCAAAUAAGCAUUUGCCAUAAAACAAACAUUCCCUGAAGUGACCAUCUGUCUGGACUUGAGCACAGCCAGCAACUACCCUGUGUAAGGUUAGCAGAGUUUGAUCUACAUUUUAACAGUGAUGACAGUUUCAUCUCUUAACAGGUCUUUCAUUGGGUAAAGGCAUUAUGCAGUAGAGGGGCAGCAUACAUCUAAUACAACAUGAAUUUUUCCAUCCUGAGGAGACAAUAUUGCAUAAUUUAUAGCACACAAGAGUGAAAACCCAUCUGCAACCUCUGAACCAGCUGUCCAUGCUGUGCUCAGUAGAUCAUAGAAGGACAUGCAUGUAGUGGAAUUUCGUAGCAUCCAAUUCAUCACACUGAUGGCUUGUUCAAGGCCUGUGAACUAUUUGAGACCUUCAAAAGAGUUGCAAGUAUAUUUCUCAUUUUCUCGCCUGAGCUAAACAAAAUUAAAGUUGCAGAACUACAGACGGAGUCUGUCAGUGCUGAAAUUAACGUUAACAUAAUUGAAAAUAACAGUGUUAAAGAUCAACAUCACUUACCUGAUGUCAGAGGCUCGUCCACAGAAUUACUUCCAUGCUGAUAAAUUCCUAGAUUAUGCCUCAUUGGAAAUGGCAGAGAAAUAUUGAAGUUCAGCUGUCAGGGAAUUAAGAUGUAGGAGCAAAAAUACAAUGGAUAUAAAGGUUGUGGACAAUCUUGCACAUGAUAAAUUGUCCUCUCCUGUAGAUGGAGCUAGGAGUAGGUGGAAUGUCCUUGUACCUGGGGACUUCAUAGCAGAUGUGCCCCACACACUGAUUUAUUACCUUUGGGCAUGGAUUCGUUCUCUAAGGAUGCAAGCAUGAGGCCCAUUUGAACUUUGAGCAAGAACUCAUUGGAGAAGAUGAUGUUACUCCUGUGCUACAGCAUGGAACAUCACAUUUCCACAUCUGCUGCAAGAGUGAGGCUCUUUAAAUAUCAGAGAGGUGAUGCAGACCAGCAGAGAAGGUUGUGUAGACUGAAACCAUCAGUGCUGUUGUCCACGCUACAGGUAUCUCAGAGGGCUUGCUGGUGUAGUCCCGUGCACUGAAUACCUGUUAGCUUUUGGAGUGCUAUUAUCGGCACAUCCUCUGACUCAGUUUGAUCCAGAAGAGAUCCAUUUGUGUGCUUUGAGACCACUCUACAAUGUGAAACAAAGUAUGUGGAUUAAAUGUGAAGUAACAGCUGAAUUGGCACCAUCCCACUGAGUUAAGACAAGAAUCAACUCUGACAAGACUUUUUUGCCUCCAACCUAGAGACACGUUUCACUACUCUUGAGUAGUCAUGCUGAUGGAAUGGAGAACUGGUCAGUUAACAAAUGGCAGCGGUGGACUCUGUCAGCAUUCACUAUGGAGAUAUAGAGCCACUUAACCCCAAGCACAAGUGUGACCAGGAGUGUGUACAUCUCUUGGUAGCCAAUGCUAAUGCAGAACUGAACCUCCUGCAGUCCCACACCUGCGUGGCUGGAUACCACUGACCACCUCUCUGAAAGGAAGAAUUUCCAACUGGAAGUAGUCCAUCAAGCCUGGUGAUCAGUGAAUAGGAUUUAGUAUAUAUUCCAGGCUUUAAUAUAGAUUCCAGAGUGGUUUUAGGUAGAAGCCCAGAGCUCCUCAGAACUUUUAUGGAUCCUCUUGGGAAGAAGAAAGAAACAGACCAUGGCUUAAUUGCUGCC